AUUAUAGGUAACCUGAAGUGUUUAGAAAAUCUGCUUUACAAAGCAUAGUACUGUUAUUUGAAACUACCAUUUUAAGAUUUCUACAAUAUCGAUCGAGGAAAUAGUUCGAAAAAGAAACAGAAUGAAUAAAACAGAAUUUCAAGCUAUGAAAGGGUCUGUAAGCAUGCGUCUGGAUGAGAAGGGUGUUUUCAAGCGUCUAGAGGAUGAGAUGGCUUCCAUGGCAACGAGGAUCCCUAGUUUGGAGAAGAAAACGAGACUCGUUAUGAAAAGAUGUGGAGUUUAUGGAAUAGAAAAGGGUGAUGACAGCGGACCCGCUUUCACGGCCUGUCUAUCAACCAACACAAUGUUUAAAGGUGGCGAGAAACUUUUCUUUGACGAAGUUUUAACUAAUGAUGGAGAUGGGUUCGAUCCCUACACAGGGGAGUUUACUGUUCCGGUGUCUGGCAAAUACAUGAUUUCCGUCACUAUACGGGCACAGUUUCACAAACAAGUUUCUGCCGAGAUAAUAUGUAAUGAUAAAAUUGUAGGUAAAAUUAUGGCCGGAUAUGGCGCCAUCGACAAAGCAACGUCAUCAAUGACCGUAGCUGUAGAAGCCAGGCGGUAUGACGUCAUUUACGUGAAACAAAUGGCGGGAAAAGUUGGAGAAUACCACGGCAACGGAUGUACAACAUUUUCUUGCUCACUGUUUGAUUAGGUAUUUUGAAAAGCAAUACUGUAAAAUAUAUUUCUAUAUAAAAUUAUUUGCCGUGAUUAUACUGCUAAGCUAAACAAGACAUUCAUAAUAAAAUGUAAU